UAACCUCAGUUGUCAAAAACGUAAAUAAACGCGAAAUGGAAAAUAAAAAAAUAUCCUUCGGUUUCAGCAAAAUUAGUAAAAAGGCCGAAAUUAAGUCAAAUAUUUCUAAACCUGAAAAUAAAGUACAGUUAAUAGAGUGUUUAGAAGAUCAAUCAAUAAAAAUAAAAGAUUGUGUUGAAGAAAUAAAUAAGCCACUAGUGAUACCAAUUCAAGGGCCAUCAAAUAAGUUAAUAGAUCAAAUAAAAAAAGCAAGAGAAAAACACAUCAAACUUGAAAUUAAAGAGGAGGAAAAUUCUGUACCGGACUCUGCCCUGUCUCUUGAUGAAUUAGCAGCAAGAGAACUAAUUCGAGAGGCGCAAAAUCGUAACACUGUACAAAGUGAAUCAAAAGUUUACUCACUGCCUUUAAACGAAGAAAAAUUUGUGGCGGAAGGGGCACAAGAAUCUUCUCUUGAUGAUUACGAAAGUGUACCAAUUACAGAUUUUGGUAUGGCAAUGUUGCGUGGAAUGAACUGGAAAGAAGGAAUGCCUAUUGGGAAAAGAACUAAAAAAACUGAGGUACCAAAAGUCCCAGAAUUGCGGCCCAAAGGUUUGGGUUUGGGUGCAAAUAAAAUGGUAACUUCUAACACUCCUACACAAAGUGUAGACAAAGAGGGAAAAGCGCUCCAACUUGUAAAAGGGGCUUACGGUAAAAUAAUAGCCGGAAAUCACAGAAGUCAAUACUGCCAAGUCCAAGGUUUAGAUGAUGAAAACUGUAGAGUUAUAGUAAAGACAGCUCUCACAAAUGAGAUUUUAAGUUUAAAUGAAUUUUUAAUCGUGCCUGUUACUAGUGAGGAGUAUAAUAAAUGUUCAAGGGUGAUAAAUAACGCUAAGUAUGAGGAACAUGUAGAAAAAUCGCGGAAGAUGGAACGAAGUUGCUCAAGAUCACGUAGCAGGUCUAGGGAAAGAAAACGUUCUCCAAGUCGCGAAAAGAAGCAUAAGAAAAAAACAAAAAAGAGUAAAAGCAAGUCACGAGAUUCAGAUUCCGACAAUGACAUCAGGAGGAAGAAGAACAAGAGGCAUUCAAGACAUGAAAGUAGCGAUAGCGAGUCAGAGCGUCACUACAGGCGCAAGGGCAAAAAUAAGAGAUAACAAAUUAAUUAAAUAUAUUUUACUAUAAA